AUGGCCAACCCCAUAACAACCUACGGCCUAACUCCCGUCCCCGCCUCCCCCUCCACCCUCCUAACCACCUCCCCAAGCCCAACCCAGCACCCAACCGCCCUCCCCAUAACCGCCCUCCCAAUCCCCUUAACCCCACUAGCAACCCGCAUAAACACCUAUGCCCUGUCCAACCUCACCCCACAAACCUACAAUCACUCCCGACGGGUAUAUCACUAUGGCAUCGCGAUAAAGUUCCACCGGUUUCCGGAGUGGGAGUUCUCAGACGAGACGUAUUUCUGCGCGUGUAUGUUACAUGAUAUUGGGGCAACGGAGAGGAAUUUGACUUCCACGAGAUUGAGCUUCGAGUUUGCGGGGGGGGAUUUUGGCGUUGAAGGACGGGAAAUCGCACCGCAAGCUCAAGCGGAGAGCAUUGUGGAGGCAAUUAUGAGACAUCAGGAUCUGUGCGAGAAGGGGAAGAUCUCGGCGUUAGGGCAGUUGCUCCAGCUGGCUACUAUCCUGGAUAACACCGGCGCCCAUGAAUCCCUCAUUAACCCCUCCACCAUCGGAGAUAUUACAAAACAUUUCCCCCGGAUGAAAUGGAGUUCGUGCUUCGCUGCUACUAUUCAACGGGAGAUUAGCCUUAAGCCUUGGGCGCAUAGUACGGUUUUGGGGGAGGAGGAGUUUCCGAGGAAAAUAUUGGGGAGUACGCUUAUGGUGUCGUAUGAGUAG